AUGGAGAGCAAAGGACGACCGAGUGACUAUGGCUGGCUUGCUUUUCGUCUGUGUUUACUGGGGCUUUUCGGAAAGCAGGCAUUGGGUGAAUUGAGAUACUCUAUUCCGGAGGAGGUGAAAGAAGGAACCGUUGUCGGGAAUGUCGCCAAGGAUCUGGGUCUGGAGAGAACGUCUCUGGCUGAUCGACGUUUCCGUGUUGUUUCUGGAUCUAAGGAGACGUUCUUUGAGGUAAACCCGGACAGCGGGGCUUUACAGGUCCGGAACAAAAUCGACAGGGAGGAGCUCUGUCACGGCAGUGAUUCUGGAACUCCGUCACUGAGCAGCAACGUCACAGUGAACGUGUUCAUUCUGGAUCAGAACGACAACGCUCCAGUCAUCCUGUAUCCAGUCAGCUCCAACGGUUCUGCUGAAGGUGUGGAGGAGAUACCCCGCAAUGAAGUUACUGACCACAGCCUCUUUGGUUUGGACCGCUAUACAGGACAGAUCAGAACACUUCGCUCAUUCACAGAGACAGACGAGGCUGAGCACAAGCUGCUCAUACUGGUCAAAGACAAUGGGAACGUGUCACUCUCAGCAACAGCUACUGUCAUCGUCAAAGUCGUGGAGCCCAAAGAAGCUUUUGCAGCUUCUGAUUGCUCAAAGUCCACAGACUACACUUCUAAAUAUCUGCCAGAGCCUAAUUAUGAUGGGACACUGUGUCACAGCAUCCAGUACAGAUCUGGAGACAAACGCUACAUGUUAGUUGGACCCAGGAUGAGUAUAGGAUCUACUAUAGCCCCAGGAAGCCAUGCCAACACACUAAUGCUGCCUGACAGGAGAGGGAUGUCUGGAGAGUUGCGUGGAUUUUUGCUGGAUAAAACAUUUCACGUAUUUUUUCUCAUGAUCCUUUUAUGUGUGACGGGGGGUUAUGCAUCGGCUGAACUGAGAUACUCGAUUCCAGAGGAGAUGAGAGAAGGAAGCGUUGUUGGAAACGUAGCAAAGGAUCUUGGUCUGGAUAAAAGCUCUUUGAUUGAUCGGCGGUUCCGUGUUGUGUCUGAAUCUACGGACGCUUUUUUCGAGGUAAAUCCGGACAAUGGUGCUUUACAGGUUCUUAAGAAAAUCGACAGGGAGGAGCUUUGUCAGGGAAGCGGUGCAUGUUUAAUAGAGCUGAAAAUCCUCGUAGAAAACCCUUUGGAAAUACACUACGUACUUGUAGAAAUCACUGACGUGAAUGAUCACUCCCCUGUUUUUUCAGAAAUGGUGCAGAAAUUUGAAAUAGCAGAGCAUUCUUCUCCAGGAACGAGAUUCGAACUCCACGCAGCCCGUGAUCCCGAUGCUGGAAUAAAUUCCAUCCGCACAUACACACUAACGACAAACGAUCACUUUGAAAUAGAUAUUAGUCAGAGCGAUGAAGAUAAAAUGCCAUUUUUAGUUCUGAAGAAGGCAUUAGACAGAGAACGGAAUGAUAAACACGUGUUAUUUGUUACUGCAGUUGACGGAGGUAAACCUCCGAGAUCAGGCACACUCAACGUUUCCAUUAUUGUUCUAGACAUUAAUGAUAAUCGUCCAAUGUUUAGUCAGGAGACUUAUCAAGUAGAAAUAUAUGAAAACGCUCAAGUUGGAACAACCGUUAUUAAAGUCAAUGCAACAGAUCCAGACGAAGGUAGUAAUGGAGAAAUCGAGUACAGCUUCAGCAAAACAAUGGCACGUAAAAUCUAUGAGAUAUUUGAACUGGAUAGUGUGAGUGGACAAAUUAAAUUGAAAGGUGAACUUGAUUUUGAGGAAUCAGAGAUUUACAAACUAGACGUUCAAGCGUCAGAUAAAUCAACAGCGCCAUUAACAAGCAGAUGUAGAGUUAUAUUAAAGGUUAAGGACGUCAACGAUAAUCCACCCAAAAUAGAAGUGACAUCACUUUCAAAUACAGUGUCUGAAGAUUCAAAACCUGGAACAGUUAUUUCACUUAUCAGUGUGCGGGAUAAAGAUUCUGGUAUCAAUGGAAAAGUUAUUUUAAGUAUAACAAACGAAGUUCCUUUUGAACUAAAACCUUCUUAUAAGGAAAACACAUAUUCAGUUACCACUAAGCGAUUUUUGGAUCGAGAGGAGGUGUCAAAUUAUGACAUCACAAUAAAAGCCACUGACUGUGGUGAACCUCCCUUAUCAACUUUUAAAACUCUAAACAUUCAGAUAUCAGAUGUUAAUGACAACAAUCCACAAUUCUCCCGAAAUCCGAUACAGUUUUAUCUCUCAGAAAAUAACAUUGCUGGAAAGUCGAUUUUAUCUGUGAGCGCAACGGACAGUGAUUUAAAUGACAACGCAGCUAUUUCAUAUCAUAUUGUCAGACAGGGGAGUAAAAAUGACAUAAUGUCUUUCCUUAAUAUUAACUCAGAGAACGGUGACAUCACUGCACUAAAAAGUUUCGACUUUGAAACGCUGAAAACUUUCCAGUUCCACGUUGUUGCGUCGGAUUCUGGAACUCCGUCACUGAGCAGCAACGUCACAGUGAACGUGUUCAUUCUGGAUCAGAACGACAACGCUCCAGUCAUCCUUUAUCCAGUCAGCUCCAACGGUUCUGCUGAAGGUGUGGAGGAGAUUCCCCGCAAUGUGAACGCAGGACACUUGGUGACUAAAAUCAGAGCCUAUGACGCUGAUAUAGGAUAUAACGGCUGGUUACUGUUUUCACUGCAGGAAGUUACUGACCACAGUCUCUUUGGUUUGGACCGCUAUACAGGACAGAUCAGAACACUUCGCUCAUUCACAGAGACAGACGAGGCUGAGCACAAGCUGCUCAUACUGGUCAAAGACAAUGGGAACGUGUCACUCUCAGCAACAGCUACUGUCAUCGUCAAAGUCGUGGAGCCCAAAGAAGCUUUUGCAGCUUCUGAUGUGAAAAGUUCAACAAAAGCAGAUGAGGACAAUAAUGUGACUUUUUACCUGAUGAUAACUGUGGGCUCAGUUUCAGCUCUUUUUCUCGUCAGUAUCAUCGUGCUGAUUUCAAUGCAGUGCUCAAAGUCCACAGACUACACUUCUAAAUAUCUGCCAGAGCCUAAUUAUGAUGGGACACUGUGUCACAGCAUCCAGUACAGAUCUGGAGACAAACGCUACAUGUUAGUUGGACCCAGGAUGAGUAUAGGAUCUACUAUAGCCCCAGGAAGCCAUGCCAACACACUAAUGCUGCCUGACAGGAGGGGGAUGUCUGGAGAGGUAAGCUGGAUGACUUUUGCUUGA